AUGAAGGCCUCCUCCUGUGGGCUACUGCUUUUUCUAUCGUCUGCCAGUGCGAUGUGGUUUCUUAGCGUUGAACCUACGGUGAUCAACCCAGGUGGAUCGCUAAACGCCACUGUACGCGUGGAUGGCCAAGACCCUCCGACCUGCUUUCUCUGCAUAGGACCCAGCAACUACGACUUGACUGGCGGACAAGUACGGCUAUAUUGUCCUGAAGUACAAAAGAUGACUGCUACUGGGGCCGAGAAAACAUCAGUUGCAUUCACAGUUCCGAAGACAUCUCCAGGCCAGUAUCGGCUUUACGCAUCAAAGCGGACGUCAGCUUCGGGGCCCAUCGUUGAAGGCGAUAUGGUCCAGGGAAGCAGCGAGCCCUUCAAGGUCACGGUCGAAGACAUCUCUAGCGGGUUGAGUGCGUCGACUCCGACAGUCAUCGAGACUGUGACCACAGAAGCCCCAUUGCCAACAACACUAAGCACGGAACGCGGCAGCAUUCACGCUCCACCGGCGGGCAUUAUUAUUGCGGUGGGUGUACUUUGCGGUAUUGUUGUGGUAGUUGCUCUGCUCGCGGUGGGUGUAUGUGUUUGGCGACGUCGGAAAAGGGCCAGAAAGAAUGGUAUUGCGCCAUAUCCAGCCAAGAUAGGCAAUGAAGUAGCGUACUCCGACACAUUCAAACCACGGGGAUUUCUACCCAACGCGGCACCCAUUGUCGAGCCUUCGGAUAGGCGAAUCAAAUACCUCCAGGAUCAGAUGCGCAUCAUAGAAGCUGAAAUGAUGAAACUAGAGCGAUCACGCCCUGACACGACCAACAGACGAUCAGACGAGUUGCUGGGUGAUGCUAGUAGAAGACACAGCGAGGGAGAGACCAUCAGUUCUUGGACGGUGGUUGGGCAUUCGUAA